ACAACUCCUCCAUCAAUGGUAUCACCAGCACCAAUCGUAACAUCUGCACCAAUGGUAUCACCAGGCCCUAUGGUAUCACCAGCACCAAUCGUAACAUAUACACUAAUGGGAAUACCCGGACUGAUUCUAGCUUCAAAACCGCUUACAACUCCUCAACCAAUGGUAUCACCAGCACCAAGAGUAACAUCUGCACCAAUGGUAUCACCAGGCCCUAUGGUAUCACCAACACCAAUGGUAUCACCAACACCAAUGGUACCACUAGCACCAAGAGUAACAUCCGCACCAAUGGUAACAUAUACAUCGAUGUCAUCGCCAGCACCAAUG